AUGGCACAUCUCUUCGACGAGUUGGCAGUUCUGAAAGACGAGUUGGAAGAACAACUAACCGAAUAUAUCAAGAGUUUUAUACUUACCGUCCCACAGGAGUGCGAAGGCAUCUUGCUAAAGAUGAUACUUGAAUCGAGGCGCUGCAUGAGGGGAAGCCUCCAGUUUGACUUCGAAGAUAACUUUCGCGACAUCGUACCGGAGUUUUGGUAUUGGGAUCUGCCGGAGUUGCCAGCACCUAAAGCUGCUAUGAAGGAAGCCAAAAAGAAUUCUGAGAAGAUUUUUUCCAGCUACAAUCUUCUCAACCAGAUCCUUCAACGUCAUGAGCCGACUAUACAAAAACGUUGGACCAAGAAAACGCGUGAGCAAAGACGUGAGAUUCUGCGCAAAGCUUGGCCCAACAUGCCCACAACACAUCGUCCUGACUGGGCAGCCUUUGAAGCAGAGCACCAGGCCACGAGAAAUACCAGAGAAGGUUCCAUGUUCAAGGAGUGGUUCAUGUGGCCUCACAUCAACCAGGAAGACUUGUCGCAACCCAAACUGAUGCUUCUCCUGUUGAAUGCACGUGGUAGAAACAUCCCUCCCAUCUUCGCUGCGGCUGACUGGGAAGCUAUGCAUGUUGGUCAAGUCACUGAGGCGCUGCCAACCCCGUGGGUCGAUAAAUAUACUAUGAUUAUGAAUGGUGCAACGACAUCCGAGGAGUAUGGUAAGAUGGUUGAAUGGGAUAAAAAUACAAUUUCGGAACCAGAAGUAUGGAUCUACGAUGGCAUACAAUUUUGGGUAGGUGAAGGAUUGCUCGUUCUUAGAACUCAAGUUCGUACCUUGGAUUUCCUGGUUAAUUGCUGCUACCAAAUUCUCCACGAAAUCCCGCCAGACGAAUUGACCGGCAGUGCCUAUUCGGUUCAGCCAGGGCCAUCUUUAAAGACUGGCAUCGAUGAGUUGGGCUACUCCUCCAUUGCGACAAUGGCUGCCGAGGUACCAUACAUAGUCCCCUCGGACCUUAACCUCGAUCGUCUGGCUUCCCUGCUCGAGGCACAAAUGUCAGCAAUGGAAUAUCAUAUUUGGUCUCUACGAGAGGACCCUGGAUAUUUCGAAACGGAGCUACUUGAGAAAAGGGAUCAUUCGUAUGAGUCUGUGCCUGAUAAGGACGGGAAAAGCCACCCUCUUACUAUGAAAAUCAAUGAGGACAAGCUCUGGGGCUCGCUGGUAACCCGAGUCGCUGCUGAUAGCUAUUGGAAGCUUGAGAAUAUGGCUUUACUGCACCGUAAAGCACGGAAUUUAAGUGUGCUUCACAACAAGUACAAAGACCAGGUCAAGCCGACUGAAGAGCUGCUUGGAGAAUACCGCGUUGCCCUCAACACCUUCUAA